GCUCUUGAGUCGACAACCCCCAUUCACGCUGCAAGACUUGCGCCGCUUUUCCUGGAUAUGGGCAGUGCUGUUGUAAGGCGGGGUAGCUUCUUGGUAUCAUGUCGACCAUGUGCAUCAUCGUCUACCAAGCCUAAGGUAUAUAACAGAAGGGAUGGACGGGGCUUCAUGUUGCAUUUGAACCAGAAAAAGACCUUGUAUAACCAACAGUCGUUCUUUAUAUCAUAUACCACUCCUUUCUGGAAGCCAAACAGCAGUGUCAGCCCUUGAGCUCUCCGAGUCCCCUUACUUGUCUUCUCCUCAAUUCAGUCUCGUUGCUUCGCCGUCUGCAUCAUGGGCAAAACCGCGAUCCGCACCGUCAACAAAGUCAGCUUCGAUGAGCCAGCCUCGGAGCAAUCAUGUCUACAUAAUCGAUGGCAUCCUGACAUUCCCGCCGCUGGGGCAAUCAAAGACGGCGAAACCGUCAAGAUAGAAUGCCUCGACUGGACCGGUGGCCAAAUUGGCAAUAAUGACUCGGCCGACGACAUCGUCAACGUCGACCUUACCAGAGUGCACUAUCUCAGCGGUCCCUUCGAGGUGGAGGGCGCACAGCCGGGCGAUCUGCUCCUCGUCGAGAUCAUGGACGUCCAGCCCUUCGAGGACCGGCCUUGGGGUUUCACCGGCAUCUUUGACCGGAACAAUGGCGGAGGUUUCCUCGAUGAGAUUUACCCCAAUGCAGCCAAGGCCAUCUGGGACUUCGAAGGCAUCUUCUGCACAUCCCGCCACAUCCCCGGCGUCAAGUUCAGCGGCCUCAUCCACCCGGGCAUUCUCGGCUGCGCCCCCUCCGCCGAGGUCCUCGACACGUGGAACAAGCGCGAGGGAGAACUCAUCGCCGCCAACAAGCUCGAGCGCGUCGUGGCGCUGCCCCCCGAGCCCCAGAGCGUCCAUGCCGGCUGCGCCGAUGCUGCGACGAAGGAGAAGGUCGGGAAGGAAGGUGCCAGGACUAUUCCUGGCCGGCCCGAACAUGGUGGGAACUGCGAUAUCAAGAACUUGAGCCGGGGUAGCAAAGUCUAUCUUCCCGUCCACGUUCCCGGCGCGAAGUUUAGCGUCGGAGACUUGCAUUUUUCGCAGGGCGAUGGUGAAAUCUCCUUCUGCGGCGCCAUCGAAAUGGCCGGCGUCAUCACCAUCAACUUCAAGGUCAUCCGGAACGGCAUGGCCGAGCUUGGCCUCAAAUCCCCCAUCUACAUCCCCGGCCCCGUCGAACCGCAAUUCGGACCCGGCCGGUACAUCUACUUCGAGGGCUUCUCCGUCGACGAACACGGAAAGCAGCACUACAUGGACGUCGCGGUAGCCUACCGCCAGACCACUCUCCGCUGCAUCGAGUACCUCCGCCGUUUCGGCUACAACGACUACCAGAUCUACCUCCUCCUCUCUUGCGCCCCCGUCCAGGGCCACGUCGCCGGUAUAGUCGACAUCCCGAAUGCCUGCACGACGCUGGGCCUGCCGAUGGACAUCUUCGACUUUGACAUCUCCCCCGCCGCCGCCGCCUCGGUGACCAAGCGCGAUCUCGGUGGCUGCACGUUCCCGACCGGCGUCGCUGAGGGGAAGGUCGAGGCGGGCGGGGCCAACAGCGAGAUUAGCUUCGGGGGUGGUUUGACAUAUAAGAGUGACAAGUAGAUGCAGAUAGAUAUGUAUGUAUGAAUUUGUCCUAUGCACAAGUCCGCGAAUGCUGUGCUCCUGUUUGCAGAGUGGAAAGGAAGAAGAAACGAAGAUAAAACGAAGAUAAAAACGAACAAUGAAAGUAAACGAGCGCCCCGAGGCGACUCUCAUCUCGUGAUCAUGGGUCCUCGUCACCUCUUUUGCCUCAUUCAAAACAUCAAAAAUCCGGAAUCACAGAAAGCGAACUGUGUCCCAUAUCGCUUGUGUGCUUCUUCGCCUCCCUUUCCCCGCUUCCGAGCCAAUCGC